UCUUGGAGAGGAAUGGUUUUUGCGCGUUUGGGUUUUGCGAGCAACUCUUAUAGUAAAUUAGAAGAAAUGGUAAAUUUAAGUGCAUUCAACAGAACGGUGCGUUUGCAAAGAAUGUUGCUGCCUUUAAGUGCUCACAGUUCUCUACUCGCCUGCAGCGCUCAUGUUUCCCAGGUGCUUGUGCAGCGGUGCCGUGCUUAUUCAGAGUUCAGUCAGAGUAAUACCUACAGGUCGCUACUCAGUACUCCAACACACCUAUCUUACACCACACCCACGCCGACGCAAUUUCAAACACACUUCAAAUGUGCAUAUACAACUGAUUCGGGUAGCUUAGAAACCAUAGACAAGUUUCGUGAACGCGAGGAGCAAAGAGAGCGUGAAUAUGAACAGAAAAGAGCUGAUGAGCAGGCACAAGCCCAGGAUGCAGCUAAACGUGCAAAAAUCGAUGCAAUACGCACACAAAUUCUAGAAGCAGCAUUGUCGCAUGUGCCCACAGAAGGUUGGACGCGUAUUGCCAUUGCGAAGGGCGCCGAAGAUGUUGGUUUCCCCAGCGUUGUGCAUGGCAUGUUUCCCGAUGGUGGUUAUGCGCUCGUAUCCUAUUUCUAUGGCAAGUGCAACGAUGAUGUGGUACGGCUUUUGCAGGAGGAAACACAGAAUGGCAGUUUGGCUGUUGACGAUCCAUUGAAGUUUUUAGUACGUGCUGUGCGCAUUCGCCUUGAAAUGAUAAUUCCAUACAAGGUGCAAUGGUCACAGGCUUUAGCGUUGAUGACGAUGCCACAAAAUGCUGCCACAUCGUUAGCUCAGGUUUUGACGCUGGUCGAUGAUAUAUGCUACUAUGCUGGCGAUCGGUCCGUAGAUUUUGGCUGGUACACACGUCGCAUUGGUCUGGCGACAAUUAUGAAAAUGACGGAGCUAUUUAUGCUGCAGGACAGCUCGGCGGGUCAUGCUAAAACUUGGGAGUUCUUAAAGAAUCGCAUGGACGAAGCAGUACAAGUACAAGUAAUGCUUUCACAAACAGAGGGAAUGACACACAAUUUUACACGUUCUUUCAAUUCAGCUUUUAUAACAGCACGAAAUAUAUUGGGCAUCGACUACACGCGCAGGUAAAGCCUGGGCGCGAUCAUUCAAAUACACCUGCAGGCCGACGAAAAUUCAGAAAUUCAAUAGAGGCAAAGUGAAUAGAAAUAGCCAUAUAAUUUAUUUGUUAAAGAAAUUGUUUAUUAAUUUUGGUUAACAUCAAAGUCAUAAAACCAGUGAUAAACUGUUUUGUUCAUUAAUGCGAAA